UCAUCAGGUCCGUGGAGGCGUCUGGGCUUCGUAUAGUAACAACACUACACCCAACGGAUUAACCGCGACUCGCGUCAUCUCGAACGUUCAUUUCGCGUACGCGAUUUACUUUUAAAUAAUACGCAAAGUAAACAGUGUCAUGAUGCUACGAUCGUGAGCACUGAGCUAUCGGGAGCCUCGCGUUGUCCAGCGGGUAUGCGAGUGCGAACGGCCUGUACGCGCCGGCUCUGUACCUCUUUGAGAAGCCAGUGAAGAAGGCAUCUUUCUUCUAGAUCGACGGGGCGCUCGGACUACCCGCGGCUUUAUUACCGGCCCAACAAAGCGAGAGUUUCCCAGGAACGCAAAGAACCGGAAGCCUUUGUGCCUGCGCAUAAACACGGGCGGCUAAGAUGAAAGCUCCGGAGUGGCGAUAGAUCACAAAUUCCAGUUUUUUCAUGAUAGAUUACGAAUAAAUCGACGGUGUGUUGGAAGUGCGGGAUUUUUAGUGGGGAAGACAUUGCUGUUGAAAACCGUUCGAAAAGUUGACAACUCGAGUGACCAAAUAAUCAACGAAUUCGUCAAACGGCGCAAGUCCGAGGGCUUCAAUUAUUUAUCGGCCGAUAACUCGAUGUGAUCCAGUGAUCGGUGAUAAAUAUUCAAGUCUCUCAAGUUGAUCUUAACGAUCCGGAUACGAUGAUCCGGUAGGUGGGGGCAGCCGCAAGAAAAAAAGAACUUUUAAGCCCUUAAACCUCAUCGAGACGCUAAUUUAAGUUCCAUUCGACGGUGAAUAAACGUUAAGAUGAAAACCCGACUGCGCGAUCGUGGAGCGGUGUGCAGCUUGAAAAACAGGUGAAUGGCUCGUGCACCGAAGUUUAAAAAGAAGAAGAGAGCAUACGAAGAAACGAGGAUUUAGUGCGACUGAGAAAAAACGUUGAACGGUAGCAAGUGCCAGCGGAAUGGAGCUCGUGGAGCAUCGUCGUGGCGUUCAGCGUCUCAGCAGCGAGCAUCAGGAUAGUCACACGAGCGAGGACGACGCGACAUGUGUGAAGCGAGAUGGAUCUGGUGUUCGGGGAUGUAAAGAUCGUGAGGAAGAUCGUGACACUCUUUCGGAUUGCGAUAGUGAAAUGAGUGAAGUUCUGAGCGUUGGUAGCGAGCCUACCCCCGCGACCGACGGUCUCGUAGUCGAUCAGGAAGAAGAGGAUCCACGGGGCGGUGAACAUUACGAGAGCGAUGCGGCAAUUCGGAUUGAGGCAAGGGGAACGGAUUCGUGUGGAGAACGAGAGCAGAAGACACCGGCUAAUGGCAAAUCGAGCGGGGUCAGAUGUACGCCAUCGCCGAGAUCUCCAUCUCCGUCACCGUCCAGUUCGCCAAGUUGCGAUCCCCCUCAAAGUCCUGCUAGCAAUUAUUGCGCGACACCCCCGCAAAAUCAGGCUUCACCCUCGUCGCCGGCAGCUUCCUCGGUGAGAUCGGCAGCUUCUUCGAGUGCAACGGCUUCGUCACCCGGUCGGCCCGAUGCCCAUCCGGAAGCCAUAGUACCUCGGUAUCAAUCGGCCAGCAUAAAUGGCAGCCUUCACCACAGCAUUGGAUCCAUAACGCAGAAUCAUCACGACACUAAUCAUCAGCAUCAUCAUCUGUUGUCGAGCAACAGAUACGCGGCAGCUGCAUUAGUUACGACGUGUCGUGAUUCUAAUGAACUCGGUGACUAUUCACCGGUCGUCGGAGGCUCGACGUUGCCAAGGAUACCCAUCCACCAUCCGAUCGGUUUGACAACUGUCUCACACGGAACAUCGGCGGUCGCCGAUCUCAUCGGGUACACCCAACAAUCGAUAGAUCCUGGCAGAUCCCUUCACGCAAGAGCGGCUCCGACUUUGAACGUUCCACUGGUCACGAGGUUGUCGCUAUCGCCACCCACGGCAAUGACGGUCACGGGGCUCCAAGCGACAGCUCCGAGUACGGCUUUUCAUCCUGUUGCGGUUGCAGCGGCGGCGGCUGCCGCCGCAGCCGCUGCAGCCGGUUGUCGCGAUCCCAGAGAAGCGAACCCUCUUCUCGCUGGGCAUUCGGCGCAUUUUCAACAUUCCCCACACGGAAUAACCGCUGUUCAGCAUUCUUUGCUUCAGCAACAAGCUUCCUUGGGCGCUUCGCAGGUCCAGCAUGUUCCGGCGAGUGCUUCGGUGCUUCAUCAUCAUCAGCAGCAGCACCAUCAUCACGGCUCGCACAAUUCUCGUAAUAAUUCUAUCGGCAACCAGUCAACCGGGCAUCACAGGUUGUCCGUUAGCAAACUCCUGCAACACACCGCUCAGGAUUCAUCCGGCAUCCGCGAAUCCGGCAGCCCCGAAUCCCCCGAACCUCGAGCGACCGAGGAGCAUCGACACAGCCAUCGACACUCGGAUCUCUCGCGCAACAACUCUUCCCCAGGGAACAACAGCUUGCAAAACAGCUCCGGGGUCUCUACAACCACCAACAACCAUCACAGAAACAACAACAGCACGAGCAACAGCAACAACAUGCAACAUCAGGCGAGCUUGAAAUUCAGCAUCGACAACAUCCUCAAAGCCGACUUUGGCCGAAGAAUCACCGAUCCUAUAUCCUUGAAAAAAUCUCGCUCUAAAAAAGUAGUGCAACGACCGAUUGAUCUCACGAAAGACUUUCGCGAAACGUCCUCCGAGGGCUCGGAACGUGGCUCCGAGACCUCCGCCACGAAUCUCUCCCCCGGUGGGACGAGCACCGUUAAUACGAGCUCCACGAGCGCGAGCAAUAACGUGGCUUCCGGUGUUACAACAACGGGUAGUACAACGACCAGCGGUGGAACGUCGGAUUCUGCGAAACAGAUGCUGUGGCCGGCCUGGGUCUACUGCACCAGAUACUCCGACAGACCAUCUUCCGGACGAAGUCCGAGAACUCGACGUGUCAAAAGGUCCAGCGACUCACGGGGCUCGGGAACGACACCGGAAGAGAAAAGGCCACGGACGGCCUUCAGUGGCGAACAGUUGGCAAGACUGAAGCGUGAAUUUGCUGAAAAUCGUUAUCUCACCGAACGGAGAAGACAACAGUUGUCCAGGGACCUUGGCCUGAACGAGGCACAAAUCAAAAUUUGGUUUCAAAACAAACGGGCGAAAAUUAAAAAAGCUAGCGGUCAAAAAAAUCCUUUAGCUUUACAACUCAUGGCCCAAGGGCUUUACAACCACUCGACUGUACCUCUCACUAAAGAAGAGGAAGAACAGGCCGCUGAACUUCAAGCCAAAUGACGAACUUAGGCGAAAUUAGAAUACUCGUCGCUCUUCAAGCGACGCAUUAGAACCAAAAAAAUCAAUUCGAGAUUCGCUCUCGGUAUGAGAUUACGACGAAAACAAAAGAGGACGAUUUAACAAUACAGGAACAUCGAUUCCUCAUUAUUUUAUCUCAAACGUCCUACUGUGUUCCGACGCCGGUUAAACUUCCUUCGAUCCUCGUUGACGAAUAAACAUACAUUUAUAUUAUUAUCAUUACGAUUCUGACAAUUGACAUUUUAUUGUCUCGAAAAAUCUUACGAUUACAUGAGAGAUGAAAUCGUUCGAGAUAUUAUCGCGACGAAUCAGCGGCAGUCCCAGUGUGCCAUUUUACAAUAAUAAUCGAUCUGAACGAGAGACGCACGCAAGGAUUUGAAUAGAAGCGAUCGUAUUUACUUUUCUCAUUUUUCUUUCAGAUAUAAAAAAACCACGCCUCGCGCGAAGAUGAUAAAACUUAAUUUAUUGUAAAAAUGUAAUAUACUUAUCGAAAUAACGAUCGAGAGAUAAAUCAGAUAAGAGAGAAAUAGAAAGAGCGCCUGAUUCGAAUGACAGGCAUCAUUGCGAUACGUGCAAUACAACAAAUAAACUUAUAAAUAUGGUGAUCAAAGUACCAUCGAGCAUGAGUGCUUGUACAUUUUUGUGUGAGUGCGAAUAUGCGGUUUGUUCGAAGCGUGCUAAAUGGCGUGAAUGCGUGAGACGAAAGCGAGUGUGAAAUACUGACAAAAACGACCGAUUUGUAAAUACUCAAUCCUACCCGCGUGUAGUUUAGCAGUAAAGCCCCCACCCCGGUCCCUCUCCGCCCUCCUAUAGACUGUUUAAAGUAUCUUAGUUAUUUAUUUACCGCGCUGCGUCUUUACGGACUCGCGGAGAUGAAGAGAGUACGCUGAUGGAAAAGGGAGCGAAGAGCGAAUACGAGAGUAUAAAGUGUUAUAUCGGUGAGAGUUGAAACGGACGGGAAACUGACACUGACACUCCGCGAGGAGACAAAAUCAAUGGAAGACCGUAAAUACAGAGGAAAAGUAGGUUAUGCAGAAGCAAAUAUUGCAACGUGGACGGACAGACUGACGUGGAAACGAAUAAUACAGAAUAAAAGAUUCGUUUGACGACCCAACUUUGAUGAAAUUCAUACAAAAAAGAGAGACACACUUGAUUUUAAUGAAAAGAAUAUUGAAAGAGCUGGUAAUAGUUGUAAGAUUAUUUAAAAAUGAUUAAAAAAUAUUCCUAGUGAUCGAAAAACGUA